CCGAAAGGAAGACAGGUUGGAUAUGCCUCUUGGUUAUUGCUAACUUUCAAAUUUGGUCACAUUGUAUACUCUCAGUUCCCCAUCCAUUUCUUUACUACAUACUGCUACCAUGCUGCUACCAAGCAAGAACAGAAUAAGUUCUGUUGAGCAACUCAUGGAGGUACAUUGUAGUUGAUCUACUCUACACGUGUACACUGCUGCGAAGAACAUUAGUUAUCUUUUUGAGCUUCGCAAGAGGAGAACCAUUUUCACAUUGAGUCUUGGAGUUGAGGGUUGGGCUCAAACAAGGCCUCAAAACGAUAGCAACACGUCACAGCCACUAAGAGUAUUCAAGGGAUGAGAAGGGAUAUGGAUCUGGGAGGCAGAGAUUCCAAAAGUCCAAAGAAGUUCCUUAUCCCAAGAGUCAGUCGCACUCAAACAGAAGGAUUUCAGCAUCUUCUUGAACCAGAGUCAAUUCCCGGAAAGAGUAUCACUGCACUUAUAGAAGGCUCUGCAACCCUUGAGGAGAAGUUUAAAUGGAGCAGUCACUGGAGUCUUAGAACCAUCACCCAAGUCUGCAAUAGUAACUUCCAACAGCGCUUCCUAGAGAAGAAAGUAGAACUUUUGAAAGAAGUGAAGCAGUUCAAGGAAUACUUCGCAUAUGGACUGACCCAAUCAGACACUGAGGCGAACAAUAUUUGUAGCAACGGAGCUUUUGCUGGACAGAUUUUGAACUUUCCUCUUGGAGAUGUUGAGCAUGGAGUCAACGUUUGUCAAUAUCCAGAUGUACUCUUAAGAUGGGCUGAGAAGAAGGGAUUCAAGCAACCCUGCAUUGUUAUCUACAAGAUACUGAAGGGCCGAUGCAAGACGGUUAAUGCUAGAACAUCCUUCAAACAGCAAAUGGUGGAGCCAACUCCUAAUCUUGAAUACCAUAUUGCUAAUGGAAUUCCUACUCCAGAAGAACCACUCUUUAUGCAAUUGAGUAAAUCACAGCUGUUUCUGUAUGAAUACGACGAUGACGCACUUCCUGCUAAACACCCGAGACACUGUCUUCCAUAUGCUGUGAUAUCAUUGAAAAAGAGGACUCAAUCACCUCCACUUCCACCUCUCACUGACAAGGAACAAUCAAGAUGUUCUGCUUCUAAGACUUCUAGGGACCUAGCCUCAACAGAGUUAGACCGUAACAACAACCGGAGGAAGGUUAAGGAACCAGCUGAUCUGCCAACAGUUGGCAAAAUAUCAAAAAUGUCAGCUCAUAGUAAACCCACAAGUAGGAACCCUCAAGAAAAUCAGUCGUAUGUCACAUCAGGAAUGGAAUCGUUGGAUAAUGAUGAGAAAAAAACAGGGGCGACCAAGAAUUUGCCAACCAUGGAAAAUGAGGCGCGACCAGAGGUCCGAAUGAAACUUUCUGAUCGGUUUGCACCUACAUCUUCAGCAAUGGAUGACCCGAAGCUAGACUCAUUGAGACAGGAGCAUUUAAAGAUGCUUGAGAAACUAAAAGCUGUGCGGGUUGAGCGGAUGAACAACUCCUUAUUAGGAUUUCGGAAGACGUCUCAGGAUGAACAACGUUCCUUCAAAAAUGAGCAUCUCAAGACUGCCACAACAAACUGUAGUAGUAACAAACCUGAAGCUACUCCAAAAACAGUGCCACAACUUUCCAGUUUAAAAAUAACAAUUAACAAUGAUACCAGGGAACAAAUCACCAGUUCAAAUUCAAGCGUUGGAAAGAAUACACAAGUAUCUGCAGAUCAAAUACCUCAUAAUAACUCAGAAUGUUUAUCUGAUAGAUCUGAACGUUGUGUUUCGCACAGGUCGAAUAAAAACAAAAACAGAAAUCGGACGACGAACUAUCAGACACAAGCGCCCUUUAGAGGUCAAAAUAAAACCUUUGGUCCAAGGGGAGGACGAAAUAACAUGAGCUACAGAGGAGUUGCACAGAGAGGUAGAAACAGAGCUGGGUUCUUAAAUAGGAGGAGGAUGCCUUUUCAUGGUUCACAGGAUUUCAAAAGAUACAACAGGACACAUAACUUCAACAUGGGAGAACAACAUGAACAUGUUGGCAGCUUCAAUCGGCAAACUCAAAGAGCUUGGCGAGAGGAAUGUCCUUCAGAUUACUAUUCUCAUAAUGAACAAGAUUCAGCUCAUUUCAUGCAGGGUGGAAGCAACUUUAGGGGUAGAGGGAAAAGGAUGCCACGGAGAGCUUGCAGGGGGCGAUUUGUACAAUGUAGCAAUCCUCGGAUACAACCUUCUUUUCCUAAGCCAAGGUUUCAAAACAACAGGAAGCAAAGGAGCAUGAAGCGGACUGAGACGUUUCGAUUCAUGAGGGAUUCUUCAAACAACAGCAGCAAGAUUGAUUCAUCAGUGCUUUCUUGCCAGCAUUCAGUUGGUAAUACUGUUGAAACAAGUAAGAGACAAAUUCCCAGACGCGCAUCUCUGACUGAUGUUGGAGGUCACAACCAUGACAAAGAACCUGCUCAAAGUGAUCUUGAUGACUAUGAAAGCAGCCCCUCUCAACAUGAAACACCAACAGAACCUAGUGUGGAAGAAAUACGGUCAGGCUUAAAGAGAAAUGGAAAGUAUUAUGAAUCUGCUAAAGUUGAAAUAUCUGACCAGCCUUCUAGAGCAGAAUUUAUCGGCUUGUAUGACAAUAUUUCCAGUGAUGAGGAGUCCUGUGUAAAAACACUUUGCGUAGAUGAUUUAGAAGUUCAAGACAUGGAUUAUGACUCUGGAGAAUCUUUGUCGGCCAAAUUACCGCAAACAGGUGGUUCACAAAUUGACCCCAGCCCUACCCUUCACUGCAAUUUGAGUAGCCAAACCAACAAUACACACUGGGAGCAUGGAGAUUUGGCUACUGAACAACAGCAUUACACUCUCAACAACACUUCACAUCCAAAUUCCAAUACUUUUGCUUACAGGUUUCCCCAAAUAACCGGAGUACAACGUUUACAAUCACGAACACCUUGUGUUGGACCUAGUUCUUCCUAUGGCUGCCAACCUAACAGCACACAACAGUAUCAAACAGGUGAGCAGUUGAUUAGUGAACAAGCUCAUAGAGUCCCUACAGAGUUUUUUGAACAACGGGAUUCCUACUCUUCACAUGCGCAACAGUUGCAAACGGAUGACUCUACUAACUUGAUGACUACAGCCCAUGGUUGUGAAUCUUGUACAACAGAAUCUCCACAGGCAUAUGUACCCAAUGGUCCUGUACAAGAGCCCUCUAACAUGCAGAAUUCCUACGCUCUCUUACAAAACAAUUUUCCUGCUCAUUCAUACGCUUCUCAAGCUCCAGCUCUCCCUUGUCCAUCCAAAAUGCAAACUUCAAAUGCGGAAGUCAAACCGGAUACAGCACUACCAAACAGUUUGAGUAACAUGGAACAAGCUCAUAGAGUCCCUACAGAGUUUUUUGAACAACGGGAUUCCUACUCUUCACAUGCGCAACAGUUGCAAACGGAUGACUCUACUAACUUGAUGACUACAACCCAUGGUUGUGAAUCUUGGACAACAGAAUCUCCACAGGCAUAUGUACCCAAUGGUCCUGUACAAGAGCCCUCUAACAUGCAGAAUUCCCAAGCUCCCUUACAAAACAAUUUUCCUGCUCAUUCAUACGCUUCUCAAGCUCCAGCUCUCCCUUGUCCAUCCAAAAUGCAAACUUCAAAUGCGGAAGUCAAACCGGAUACAGCACUACCAAACAGUUUGAGUAACAUGGACAGCAAUGCACAAAACUAUCCUACAGGUGAGCAAACUAAUUGGAACGGACAGCAAGGAUGUUGUAUCUCGACUGCACAGCAUCCUCACGAUGAACCGGAUCCCUUAACCCCAACAUUUUCAGGAAGCCCUUAUUCUGAUAUGUCGAUUUCUAUGUCGAUGUCGAAGGGCAGCAAAGAAGGAAUCUGUCCACCAGACCUUCCAUAUGAUGUAGGAAGUGAUUCAUUCAUAAACAACCCUCACAUGCUUGCUUCAGCUUUAGAGUAUUGUAAUAAAAACUAUAAACAAACGCAAGCCCGUAGAAAUUCACAAGGAUCUUGCACCAGCAGAGUAAGCAUGGAUGAAAUUGAAGCCCCCACAGAAUCAAAGCAAAAGCUCUUCUAUGGACGUCCACUCAUAACCAAAAAAGGGGGAAAGCCAUGUGAAGUACUUUUGGAUAACAUUCCUGGUCUACCCAAGCCGGUAGAUCCAAGAGCAGCCUUGUCUGCAUUGUUUGGAAGGAGGUUCCAGAUUGAAUUAAAGCAAGUUAAUUUUAGCUCUGACUUUUCAAGUGAAAGUGAUGGUGUUAAUGCUAUUAACAGCACGACUGUCACUCAAACAACAGAGCGUAAAAGAGCCAGUGGUAGACAAAACUCAAGAGAUCCAAGAUUGAUUAACAAUAAGGUAAAAAAGGAUACAAACAAGGAAAUAGUCCUAACAGCUGGAAUUGCUUCAGAAGUUUACUCAAGUACUAACUUAGUAACAGCUCCAGUACAACCAAAUCAAGAUUCCUCUGGACUUGAGUCAGUGCAAUCCUUUCUGGAGCCCCAAAAGGGAAACAGCCCUGGUAAUAUGCCUCUUCUGACGCCAAAUGAAUCUACUGGACAUCGGACAAGCUUCAUCUGCAGUUCUGAGAAACCAACGAUUUCUAGUGAAAGUAGUCAUGACACAUUGAUAACCUCAAAUCCGUUAGAGUUGGAAAGUUGCGCUGAAGCACAGCCCAAUCCUGAUAAUCAACCUGUAGCAACAAUCAAAAGUGAGGCACCUGAGGACAUAACCCAUUAUAUACCAGAAAUCAGUGUGGAUAACCAAGUGCCUGAACGCAAGUCAACAGAACUACAUUUGUUAGGAAAAAUCGCUUUGAAAGUGAGAAAGCUCCGACAUGGAUUAAAUGCCCCUAAACCAUCGUCUUCUGAGCAACCCCCCAAACCUAAUGAUACCAACACUUCAUCGUUUUUACUCCAGAAGCUCGAGCAUGUAAGCUGCUUGGAUGUUGGUAUGCAUCCCAAACCUACAAAUCCAGUAAAUCAUGAUGAUGGCACUGAACAAGAAAGCAAAUGUUUGUCAGAUAAGACAGACAGUUCAAGUGAGUCCAGUAAUAAUGUCAGUUGUAGAGGCAUCUCAAGCAUAAAUCCAUCUCCUGGGGAAAGUUGCGAGCAAUGUGCUGUAAGACGGUUGUCGCCCCUUAAGGGCUCAAAGGCACUUUGUAAUAAGGGUACGUCAAGUGCAAGUUCAUGCACAAGCUCAAUUGGGAUGGAAAAUCGAGGUAAUUCACGGCUAUCACCUUUGAGUAGUUCAGUCCAAGAAGAAAGAUCUACCAGCCAGGGAAGUACAACAUGUGAAAGGAAUCAGUUGUCAUCUGAGAUCAGUUGUGAUCUGACUGCAAGGAGAAGGUCAUUACCAUCAAGGAGUACAUCAAAAUAUAGCGAGAGCAGGUCAAAUCGAAAAAGUAGAUCACCAAGGAGAAGAAGUAGAUCACCAUGUAGAAGAAGCAGAUCGCCAAUUCAAAGCAGUAGAUCACCAACUCGAAGCAGUAGAUCACCAAGGAGAAGAAGUAGAUCACCAACUAGAAGAAGUAGAUCACCAUGGAGGGGAAGCAGAUCACCAAGGAGAAGAAGUAGAUCACCAACUCAAAGCAGUUUAUCACCAAGGAGAAGAAGUAGAUCACCAAGGAGAAGAAGUAGAUCACCAAGGAGAAGAAGUAGAUCACCAACUCAAAGCAGUAGAUCACCAAGGAGAAGAAGUAGAUCACCAACUCGAAGCAGUAGAUCACCAAGGAGAAGCAGUACAUGUAGAUCACCAACUCGAAAAAGUAGAUCACCAACUCGAAGAAGUAGAUCACUAUGUAGAAGAAGCAGAUCACCAAGGAGAAGAAGUAGAUCACCAAGGAGCAGAGGCAGAUCGCCAAAUCGAAGCAGUAGAUCACCACAUAGUAGAGGUAGAUCCCCAAGGAGAAGAAGUAGAUCACCAAGGAGAAGAGGCAGAUCACCAAGACGAAGAGGCAGAUCACCAAGACGAAGAAGUAGAUCCCCAAGGAGAAGAAGUAGAUCACCAACUCGAAGAAGCAGAUCACCAAGACGAAGAAGUAGAUCACUAAGUCAAAGGAGGAGAUCACCGCGUUCAUGUAGAGGAAGCAGAUCACCAAAUACAAGAAAUAGAUCACCAAUUUCACAACAGGGCUCUUCCGUAAUGAUGGGAACGACCCAGCUCAGAGACUUUCUGCCCAACCAAUCAGAAGCUGCUCAGAACUGCUCUUUUAGGAUUGAAGUCCGUCAAGAUAUUCGGAAAGUUAUUGUGAGGAACGUUGAAACUGAAGUACUUGAAUCACAGUGUGGCAAUUGGCAAGAAUAUAGAGCAGCAAACCCGACAACCCAAAAUGCAGACUUCCAGCAGAGAAAUAUAUAGACAUGAAGUGGAUUCAGUGGUCAGUGGGUUCAUUGCAGUAGAUGUUAAGUCCUUGAACGUUGGAACAGAUCUCACAACAGGCCAGUUUAGGUUCUUUUAAUCUCAACAUUUCACCAGAGAUAUUGACUGAUAUAUUGAUUUUUAUAUUGAUCAGGGCUUUCAUACACCAAAAAUACAAACACCUUUUGCUGGUAGGUUUCCAACAAUAUUGGUCCAAAAAUUACUUUUGAAAUAUUUCUUUUGGAAACUAAUUUUGUACUGUUUACACUUUCUUAGUUGUUUUCUUAACCUAUUUUUUAUAAUUAUAUCAAAAUACAUUCCUUUUACAUUUUUUCGAUUGAUUUUGAGUAUGUGCCAAAACAAAGUCAUGGGUAAAAAUGUUUAACUGUUCGUUUCACGAGUAUUCAUAUAUAGUUUUCACACCGAAAUAGUCUGAGAAAUUGUUUCAUUUGCUGAAAGUUGGUCAAUGAUUUGUUUUUAAAAGUAAACUUCUCCUAAAAAAGGGUGGGGGGUGGGGAAUAUACAAAUCAACAAACUCAGUACUACUAUGAAUCAGUUAUGCAUACAUUGCUGCAGCCAUUUUGGUCACGAUCCCCUGUCUAUCUGAUGAAUUCAACUAUUCGCGUUCCAAUAAGGAUCCUGGCUAUUUUUCCUCCCAGCCUCAUUUUGAUUUGCGUUGGUUUCAAUGGAAGAAGAAACAGGUUGCUGCAUUAUUGUACACCAACACAAACACAUUGAAGAAAGGGGACGAUGGCUGCAUAUAUAGAAAUGUACAAGAUACAAAAUAUGUCGUGGGGUCAAACAGCAGUGCCCCAAUAUUGAAUGUGUUAUAAUGCCAUGCAAUAAAUAAUUCAAAUUUAAGCGGUGAUUUGCGGCUCGACUACGAGUCGUUUUCUCAAACAAUAUUCAAACCCAACUUGCUAAAUGGCAGAUUGAGAAUUUUGGGCCUUUGGAGCUCAGAUUAAAGGUGUGCCUUUGAAUAGUGGGCAUCCAUUUACCUGUGAAACGUCUAUAAGCAAGUUGGAGUGGGCACAUUUAGUGGAGCUGUGGUUGACUACUGACCAGCAAUGUACAUGCGCAGUGUGGGCACAUUUAGUGGAGCUGUGGUUGACUACUGACUAGCAUUGUAAAUGCGCAGUGACACACUCACUCGAACGUCUCAUUUGGAAGUCUAGUUAACCUUCCGCCUUUUCGCUAUAGUGUCACUGGUUCCCCUCUGCACUUUAU